AUGGGACAAAGUCAGAGCGGAGGACACGGACCCGGAGGAGGAAAGAAGGACGAUAAGGAUAAGAAAAAGAAGUAUGAACCCCCUAUUCCCACCAGAGUUGGAAAGAAAAAGAAGAAAACAAAGGGACCAGAUGCAGCAAGCAAAUUACCACUUGUCACCCCUCACACUCAGUGCAGACUGAAGCUCUUGAAGCAGGAGCGCAUCAAAGACUAUCUCCUGAUGGAGGAGGAGUUCAUCAGGAAUCAGGAGCAGAUGAAGCCUCUGGAGGAGAAGCAGGAGGAGGAGAGGUCUAAAGUGGAUGACCUCAGAGGUACUCCCAUGUCUGUGGGCACUCUCGAGGAGAUCAUCGACGAUAAUCACGCCAUUGUGUCAACGUCUGUGGGCUCUGAGCACUACGUCAGCAUCCUGUCGUUUGUGGACAAGGACCUGCUGGAGCCCGGCUGCUCUGUGCUGCUCAACCACAAGGUCCAUGCCGUUAUCGGAGUGCUCAUGGAUGACACUGAUCCUCUAGUCACAGUGAUGAAAGUAGAAAAAGCCCCACAGGAAACGUACGCAGACAUUGGAGGGCUGGACAACCAGAUCCAGGAGAUCAAGGAGUCUGUGGAGCUGCCUCUGACACAUCCGGAAUACUACGAAGAAAUGGGCAUCAAACCUCCCAAAGGAGUCAUUCUGUACGGAGCCCCCGGCACCGGUAAAACACUUUUGGCCAAGGCCGUAGCCAAUCAGACGUCAGCCACCUUCCUGCGAGUGGUGGGCUCAGAGCUCAUUCAGAAAUACCUUGGAGACGGCCCCAAACUGGUGCGUGAGCUUUUCCGCGUGGCAGAGGAGCACGCACCCUCAAUCGUCUUCAUCGACGAGAUCGACGCCAUCGGUACCAAGAGGUAUGACUCAAACUCUGGUGGAGAGAGAGAGAUCCAGAGGACCAUGCUGGAGCUGCUGAACCAGCUGGACGGCUUUGACUCGCGGGGGGAUGUGAAGGUCAUCAUGGCCACCAACAGAAUCGAGACGCUGGAUCCAGCCCUCAUCAGACCUGGAAGAAUCGACCGUAAGAUCGAGUUCCCGCUGCCAGACGAAAAAACCAAGAGGCGGAUUUUCCAGAUCCACACGAGCCGCAUGACCGUGGCCGAUGACGUGACGCUGGACGAACUCAUCCUGGCGAAAGACGACCUCUCAGGGGCCGACAUUAAAGCCAUCUGCACAGAAGCUGGACUCAUGGCUCUACGCGAACGCCGUAUGAAAGUCACCAACGAAGACUUUAAGAAAUCAAAAGAGAAUGUUUUGUAUAAGAAGCAGGAGGGCACACCGGAGGGUCUCUACCUCUAA